AAGAGCUGCUGCUGCGAAGAGACACGCGAGUGAGCUGCUUCCAGCAGGGAGCUCAGCACGGCCGGGUGAAUUUGUUUGGUGACAUCGUUUAACUUUGGAUCAUAUAGAGACUGUGAGUCCUUCAGGAUCGCUCAUGGAUUAGAGGGGUUUAUUAUUAUUAUGUUAUUUUGUAUCUCUGUGGUAUCAGACUAAUAACUAGCCUGGGACACAAGUUUCUACCAAAGUCAGAGAUGGAGCUCUGAGAAGUCCAAAGAAGAGAGAGCAAAGAAAGAGAAGAGACAACUGUCAAAUAGGAUCAUAAAGAAGUGAGGGGAGAGAGGGAGAGAGAGAGAGAGAGAGAGGUUGGGCAGCUGUUGAACGGGAGGGUUUGGGUAAUGGGCAACUGCACCAAACCUAAAGACAAAAUGAAGAAGGACAGAGAGCUGAGACCAGAGGAGCUUGACGAGCUCCGAGAGGCAUUUGUGGAGUUUGAUCGGAACAAAAAAGGCUACAUCAGUCACAAAGACCUCGGCGAGUGUAUGAGGACAAUGGGAUACAUGCCGACAGAGAUGGAGCUCAUCGAACUGAGCCAGCAGAUCUGUGGAGGUAAAGUUGACUUUGAGGACUUUGUGGAGCUGAUGGGACCCAAGAUGUUGGCAGAGACAGCCGACAUGAUUGGAGUCAAAGAACUACGAGAUGCAUUCAAAGAGUUUGACUCUAAUGGUGACGGUCAGAUCAGUUUAACUGAGCUCCGUGAAGCCAUGAAGAAGCUGAUGGGGGAACAAGUGACCCACAGAGAGAUCAACGAGAUCCUCCGAGAUGUCGACCUCAACGGAGAUGGUCUGGUGGACUUUGAGGAGUUUGUGCGAAUGAUGUCCCGCUGACUGGCCCAGCAUGUCAGAUUGAGAUGGACAGGCAGACAUUAUGCAACUGCUGGAUUAGAUAACACACUACAUUGUAGUGAACACUGUUCAUCUGUUCAUACGAGCACACGUCUAAAAUUGUAUUUUUGUAUCAAAGAAAGACAAAAUGAGGAAAAGAAAAUGCUUUCAAUAGACAAAUAGUAUCCAGCCUAACACGACUAUAACAUCUGAACUCCAGGUGCAACACCAUGAUAAAGCCCUUCAACAGCAGUAAAACAUAUCAAAAGCUGCUUCAUAG